CUUAUUUCCAUUUCAAAAACCUUACAAAAACCAAUAGGUUUCUUAUUGCGUUUAAUACCAAAAAACAAAAAAAAAAAAAAAUGGCGUCCCAAAAUGGUGUAGUGUUCGAAGAUUUUUUCCCUGCCAUGGUUGAAAAAUUGGGUGCUGAAGGUUUUAUGAAGGAGCUGUGCAAUGGGUUUCAGUUGCUCGUGGAUGGAGACAAAGGUGUGAUUACUUUUGAGAGCUUGAAGAGGAACUCAGCAUUGCUUGGUUUGCAAGACAUGAGUGAUGAGGAGGCUAUUUGCAUGUUGAGAGAAGGUGAUUUGGAUGGGGAUGGUGCUUUGAAUGAGAUGGAGUUUUGUACCCUCAUGCUUAGGUUGAGUCCUGAGUUGAUGAACAGUUCAACAAAAUUACUGGUAGAAGCUAUUGUCAAUUUCUAGACCCUUUAUCCAACUAGCAUUAAUUAGGAUUGUGUACCCCAUGGGAAAAAAAAUCAAACCAUUAAAAGUACUUCAUUUGGGUUUCAUUUUCAUUAUUUUUAUCCCCAUCAUUUGCCAAUUAUGAGCAUCCUUUUUUGCAAUUGAGCAAGCGUCCUAGUACUACAAUUUCGUUUCUCCUAUGCAAAACUAAGGGCCCCGUCUAUUUCAUCAUGCUCACAAAAUUGGGUCAAUAUUGCCGAACCAUUUUUCAAGUAACAAGCCGGACCAAACUAGAUGGGCCCAAUUGCAGCCAUUUGUUUUCAAGCAACUUUUUACUGAAAUUGAAAGUGUUAUUCGAUCGGCCCAAAAAAGCGUUAUUCCGCUCCAAAAAUAAUUGUCGCUACAUCUCUGAAAUUGUUGAUGAGAUGCUCAUAAUGUAUUAAUUUGUUUUUAUAUUGUUGUCAUUACAUCAGCUAAUUGCUUAACCUUCGCAGUUCCGAACCACCUUCAUUAACGUUCAGUUGUUCAUUGCUUACUGCUAUUACAAAGAUUAGGAAUGACUAACCAUUUAGGAAUGACUUGAUCAUCAUUGUAGCUGACAUCUCAGAAAGAAGAGUCAUUCUUUCAGUAAAUUACAUUUGAAUAGUUAAUGUUUAAAGUGCUAGGCUUAAUGCCUCCUGAGACCUGUGUUGUGUAUCUUCUAAAAUAUGGAAUCACUAGUUAGCUGUUAUAUAUUACACGGAGGAAAAUGGGGAAAUUUGUUGGAAGCAUGAAGUACCACAAAGAAACAAACGAAAACAAGAAUAAGAAAGGUAAAUUGAUCACAGUGAAAACUUUUAUAUGAGGUUUCAAAGU